AUCGGCAAAUGAUAAAUUCAUAACUCAAAGUUAAAAACGUGUUCUAAAUUUUAUAUUUAGUUUUUACGGCGUGUUUCAAAUUGUUAAUUAACUCUUGUAUAUAAAAUGCCCAAAUUGACCAAAAUCUUCGUUGGAAAUCUUCCAUGGACAGUUAGUAGUCGAGAACUUCGUAAAUAUUUUACUUCAUUCGGUCACGUAGCGACAGCAGACGUAUUGUUCGAUCAUACUACUGGUUUGUCAAAAGGAUACGGCUUUGUUCAGUUUACAACUACUGGUGGAUAUGAAAGUGUUUUAAAAAAUCCCAGACAUGAACUAGAAGGACAAACAUUAGUUCUUCAACCUUCUGAUAGACAAUAAUUGUCUAUUC